AGUUCGCACAUAGCCCUGCGCUCUAAGGAGUAAUCAGUUUUGGACGCGUAGUGAAGCCAGGCAGGUCCCGAUGCAGAAGUCACGGCAACCCUCGGCGGAGAUGAAGGCGGACUCCAAUUGGCUCUGAUUUUUAAAAGCCCUUUUCAUUCAAGAGGUUGCCCAUUAUCAACAUGGCAGAACCGUCAGCCCCAGAACCCACUGCAAAAAUGGCGUCACUUAGCCGGGUUCGAGCUCUGACGAUGAUUUUCUUAACUGUCAGCGCCUGCUUGGUUACCCCGACAAGUGGCAAGGAAGGGUCCGAGGACAUGAUUAUCAUCGGGCUCCGACUAGAAGACACGGACGACAUUUCCUACAUGACUGGUGGCUACCUGCAGGUGAGUGAACGAUCUCCAGUGAAAUUGAGGGUCUAUGGCCAAAACCUUAACAACGAGACCUGGUCCAAAAUUGCUUUUACGGAACACGAGCGAACCCGAGUGAUUGGGAGCAUAGACAGCACUUCUGGGGACAACCAGAGCCAGGAGGAGACAUCGGGCUUGCACCCUUGCGGAAUCAGGACUUCGGAUAUAAUCAUCAGGCCUGGUAUCAUCCUCAGUCGCAAAACGUCUGGAAUAAUUGAGAUAGACGUCAAACCACUGCGAAAGACGGAGAGGAGUAAAGCGUAUUAUCUAUGCAUCGCGGCCUCGACACCUGCCGUGGCCGGGCUGCAUGAUCCAUGGACGGAGAACACCUGGAUAUAUCACGAUGGAGAUGACACAAAGGUGGUAGUUGUCGAAGAGAAGAAGUUUCUCUUACCUUUCUGGCUCCAAGUAAUUUUCAUCUCCAUGUUACUCUGCCUGUCGGGUAUGUUCAGUGGGUUAAACUUGGGGCUGAUGGCACUGGACCCAAUGGAGCUCCAAAUAGUUCAGAAUUGUGGCACAGAGAAGGAGAAGAAUUACGCCAAAAAGAUAGAGCCAGUCCGGAGCCAAGGGAAUUACUUGCUUUGCUCCCUUCUCCUAGGCAACGUCUUAGUGAAUACAACGCUCACUAUCCUGUUGGAUGAUAUUGCGGGUUCCGGAUUGAUCGCAGUGGUGAUGUCCACGAUUGGAAUAGUAAUCUUCGGAGAAAUCGUGCCCCAAGCCAUUUGCUCUAGGCAUGGCCUCGCGGUUGGCGCCAAUACAAUAUUCCUGACCAAGUUCUUUAUGCUACUCACCUUCCCAGCUUCCUAUCCGGUGAGCAAACUUUUAGAUUAUUUGUUGGGCCAGGAGAUAGGGACUGUGUACAACCGGGAGAAGCUCCUGGAGAUGCUCCGGGUCACGGACCCGUACAAUGAUUUGGUCAAAGAGGAGCUGAACAUCAUUCAGGGCGCGCUGGAGCUCAGGACUAAAACCGUGGAGGACGUGAUGACGCCGCUAAGGGAUUGUUUUAUGAUUCCAGGUGACGCCAUCCUCGACUUCAACACUAUGUCCGAAAUUAUGGAGAGCGGCUACACGCGCAUACCUGUUUUCGAGGGCGAGAGGUCGAACAUAGCGGAUCUUUUGUUCGUCAAGGACCUGGCUUUCGUUGACCCUGAUGAUUGUACCCCGCUGAAAACAAUAACUAAGUUUUACAGUCAUCCGUUACAUUUUGUGUUUAAUGACACUAAGUUGGACGCGAUGCUGGAGGAAUUCAAGAAAGGUAAAUCCCACCUGGCCAUUGUUCAGCGUGUAAACAACGAGGGGGAGGGCGACCCAUUCUACGAAGUGCUGGGCAUCGUCACCCUGGAGGAUGUCAUCGAGGAGAUCAUCAAGUCGGAGAUCCUGGACGAGACAGACUUGUACACUGACAACAAAACCAAGAAGAAAAUCACCCAUCGUGAGAGGAAACAGGAUUUCUCAGCCUUCAAGCCCACCGACAACGAAAUGAAGGUUAAAAUAUCACCUCAGCUCCUGCUGGCUACCCUGCGUUUCCUAGCAACAGAGGUGGAGUCCUUCGGGCCGGUGCAGAUGUCGGAGAAGAUCCUGCUCAGACUACUGAGGCACCCCAACGUAAUCCAGGAGCUCAAGUACGACGAGAAGAACAAGCGGGCGCCCGAGCACUACCUCUUCCACAGGAACAAGCCUGUGGACUACUUUAUACUCAUCCUGCAGGGGAAGGUGGAGGUGGAGGCAGGGAAGGAGGGGAUGAAGUUCGAGGCGGGGGCGUUCUCCUCCUAUGGGAUGAUGGCUCUCACCGCGUCGCCAGUACCUCUCUCUUUGUCCCGCACCUUCGUGGUGAGCAGGGCCGAGUCUCUGGCAGGAUCUCCAGAGAACAAGUCACCCCCUCGUCCGUUUGGGCUGAACCACUCGGACUCCCUGAACAGGAGUGAUCGCAUAGAUGCCAUCACGCCCACCCUGGGCAGUAGCAACAACCAGCUGAAUGCCUUCCUGCAGAUCUACGUCCCCGACUACUCGGUCAGGGCUGUGUCCGACCUGCAGUUCAUCAAGGUGACGCGUCAGCAGUACCAGAACGCCCUUGUGGCGUCCCGCAUGGACAAGACGCCCCAGUCGAUGGACAGCGAGUACACCAAGAUCGAGCUGACGCUCACCGAGCUGCGCGACGCCGUGGACCCCAGCCCCGUCGCCGCCGUCACCCUCCCCCCCGCCGCCGUGCCGCCGGCCGCCGUGGGCAACGCGGCGGCCACGGAGACGUCCAACCUGCUGAACCAACAGCAGAACUGCGUGGGCCACAACAAGGCCAACCACAGCCACGGCGCCCACAAUGAGGGACCCAUCUAGCCCCCCCCCUGGACUGGGGGAGAGGAGGGAGGCCGACCCCCCCCACACA